AUGUACUGCGCUUACGCCCUUCUGUUGUUCCCGGAGGAGUCUAUGCGGCAACAGGAGCGCUUAGUUGUCUUUGGCAGCGACCAUCCAUAUUCCCACUACAGUAUCCACAAGCCCCAGAUCAGCGGCCAGUUUCCAGAAAUCGACUGGGAGAAUGAGAUUAUUAAGACUAAGUGGCAAAUUAAUGGUCCAGGCACCUAUAUGAGGGCGUACUGCUCAUACACACUCCCAGUAUUGGAGAUUGCGCAAAAAAUUAUCACUGGCGUAGAUUAUUUAUCGAAUGAGUCUCAUGUUGACUUUGGCCCUACCGAUGGCUCCGAUAAGCGUUGUUUAGAUCAAAUAACUAGGUUACAAGCUGAGCGCUAUAAAGUUCACGAAUUAACCUACAACCGUGACUUGAUAAAAGCGCCAGUCAUAAAAUUAUCCGAACUCAGAAGAACGUCAGCCUGCUCUGAUCUAGCGAUAGUCAGUUUGGUUCAUCAGAGAAAAAUAACCGUUACGGGGAAAUAUGACUUUGAUGCUCCACCAAAUCUUUCAAGAUUACCGUUUAUAGAUAUUGAUAAGCCAGUGCAAAUGACAAGUGUAUUCUCAGAUAAUCAAUUCUUCGGAGGAUUGUCCAAUCACAUUGGACUUUUCGCCAUUGCUUGGUAUCAAGGUCAUCUACACGCAUUUUUACGCAAACACGAGGAUAAUAAAUGGGUUUUGCAGACGAAAGUCGGAGAAGAGAAGAACAACGGGAGAUUCAUCUGCUCAAUUCUAUUCGGUUAUUUCAGUUUGCCUAGAAAGUUCAAAUCUCUCAUUUAUUCAAUGUCAAGCAAUAUAGACAAGCCUCCAACGAAGUUGGCUUUACUCUGCAGCCAGUGUGUCAAUACCCAAGAAAGUCGUGCGACUAAGGAUAUCAUGAAUUUCGACCUGGAGCUGCUUCCUACUAUCAUUCCCGUAGGCGAGCUAAGCCGAGAUUAA